UUCCGGGUGUUGUCUCUCGCGGCUGCUUCGCGUCUCUGGUCUCCCGGCUGCCGCCGCCGCCGCUGCCUCGGGUCCUGGAGCCAGGAGCGACGUCACCGCCAUGGCCGGCAUCAAAGCUUUGAUUAGUUUGUCCUUUGGAGGAGCAAUUGGGCUGAUGUUUUUGAUGCUUGGAUGUGCCCUUCCAAUAUACAACCAAUACUGGCCCCUCUUUGUUCUGUUUUUUUACAUCCUGUCACCUAUUCCAUACUGCAUAGCAAGAAGAUUAGUGGAUGAUACAGAUGCUAUGAGCAAUGCUUGUAAGGAACUUGCCAUAUUUCUUACAACAGGUAUUGUUGUCUCAGCUUUUGGACUCCCUAUUGUUUUUGCCAGAGCACAUCUGAUUGAGUGGGGAGCUUGUGCACUUGUUCUCACAGGAAACACAGUUAUCUUCGCGACUAUACUAGGCUUUUUCUUGGUCUUCGGAAGCAAUGAUGACUUCAGCUGGCAGCAGUGGUGAAAAGGAAUCGCUGAACUAUCAAAAAAUGAACUUGUCAUUUGUUGCCAUCCACACAAGCAGGAAGUUGGGCAAUAAUGCUGAGUGGUAUAGCAAGCCUCUUGGGGGUAUUGUAGGUGCUCCCUUUUCACUUUUAUUGUAAGCAUACUGUAUUCACAGAAACUUACUGAAGGAUUAAAACGGUGUUUUUUUUCUUGUUGAAAAAGUUUGACUGAUUACACACUUACCUACAGUAUGCUUUUUGUGGUGUCCUGCUGAAUUUAAAUAUUUAUAUAUUUUUCCUGUUCAGUUUUGUGGGUUGUUUGUUUUUUUUUUAAAUCAAUAUACAAUGUUAAACACUUUUUAAAUGUUAUAACCAUUUGCAUUAGUUAGGAAUUCAGAAUUUGACUGGCUGUAUUAUUGGGUUAAAGUACAUCUUUUUUAAAAAAAUUACUUAACCUCCAUUAUCAUAAAAUGUUAUAAAAAUGUUUCCAAUCAGUCAGGAUGCCAUCACUCCCAACUUUAUGCAGACAUGCAGACCAUUGGCAUAUCUUACAGAAUAUAUAUUAAGUGCAAAUAACAGUUGCAUUUAUACCUCAGAGGGGCCAAGUAUUAAUGCCCAUGCCCUCAAUAAGGGUUGAAGGUUUUACUAAUAGCAGGUGUUUUAUGAAUUGAGAAGUAUUUUAUGGAAUUGCUACAAAGGAGUGCUUUUCUUAAUUGUAAGAAGAGUUUAUUAAACUUAAAGUAAGGGUGUGAAACUGACUUUUGAGAUACAGUUUGUAUGUUUCUUUAUAGUUAAACUAGAAAGAGUGAGUUGCAUUGUGGGAAGAAACCAUUGAAAUUCCUUUUUUUUUAAAUCCUGUUUCUAUUUAUAAGUGAUAUUUUUUCUUUCCUAUCAGCCUUUCGUGUUUUACCAUGGGUGAAAUGGACAUACGUGGAACUACUGAUGAGGGAAAGUUGUGUGUUUGCCUCAUAUAUACAAGGAAGCCUUUCCCUAAUUCCGCCUUUUAGCUUAUUUUAUACAUUGUAUAUACUAAGUAAAAUAACUUUUCAAAAACAGUUUAAUAACACUUAAAA